GAAUCCCCAAGGUACCUGAGGUAUGUAUGUACAUAUGUAUCCGCGCUAAUACCUACCUACCUAGAUAGGUACAUACUACAUGCUACGGUGUAUUCCGCACAUAACGUACGGAUUACAUACCAUGCGGAACACUACUCCGUAGGUAUUCCGACAUUGUUGAUGAGCUGAAAGUCCGCGUUGGGCCGUCAUUCUGGCAUCAUGGCGUCUUGGCGACUUCGAUUGCUUCUUUGGCCAGGCCCGACCCCUCUUGUUGAUCUGCGCAGCCCCAUUUAUUUAAGAGGGAGCAUGAUGACGUUCUUGCAUCGGAGCCCCGCACAUACGCAGAAGUGUAUGUAGUAGGCAGGUCAGCGCCGACUACAUAACACUGCGAAAGUAAGCAGCGGAGCAGCAUGGUGUCGUGGGCUGGCAUGCGCGCAACGGCCACGCCGUCCCAGGUCGACGCCGUCGCGCGCGCCAUCCGCAGCACGCCCAUCAUCGAUCAUCACGCGCACCCGCUGCUCAAGCCCGAAGCUCUCAACAAGCACCCGCUGCUGGCCAUCACUACGGAAGCGAACGGCGAUGCCAUCGACUCGACCACCACCACGCUACCCCAUCUCCGCGCCGUCCGCCAGCUGGCCUCCGUCCUGCGCUGCGGCUACACCUGGGAGGCCGUCGUGGCCGCCAUCGAGGAGAAACGACUCGAGUGCCCCGAGGACUGGACCGCCGACUGCCUGUUCGGCAUCGAGACCAUCCUGAUCGACGACGGCCUGGACGGCGAGGACGACGCGAACGCCUACCCGUGGCACGACGACUACACGCGGAGCAGGUGCAAGCGCAUCGUGCGCAUCGAGAAGAUCGCCGCCGACAUCAUCCGCCGGAUCGGCAGCGAGAGAUCCGACCAGGGAACCCAAGAUGCGUCACUAGAGGGCGCCUUUGACGGAUGGGUCCGAGAGUUUGACACGUACAUCCGGACCGCUCUCGAUGACCCCGAGGUCGUUGGCUUCAAGUCGGUCGUCUGCUACCGCACCGGACUCGACGUCGCGACCGAGCCCAUCUCGCUUCUCGAGUCACGGGCUGCUGGCGACUUCAAGAGCCUCGUCGCCGACGUCCACGCCCGCCAAAGCUUUGUAAAGCUGCGGACCAAAAGCCUGAACGACUUGGUGGUGCACCGCACCGCCCAGCUGAUCCGGGACAGUCCCUCCAGGAGGAAGAAGCCGAUCCAGUUUCAUACCGGUCUGGGAGACAGCGACCUCGCCCUGGCGAAGGCCUCACCGUCACAUCUCCAGGAGUUCAUCCGGCAGUACCCGACCGUCCCCAUCGUGCUCCUUCACGCCGGUUACCCAUUCACCCGCGAGACCGGCUACUUGGCGUCGGUAUACGACAACGUCUACGCUGAUAUCGGCGAGGUGUUUCCGUCUGUAAGCCAGGACGGCCAGGAGCGGAUCCUGCGCGAGAUCCUGGAGCUGUGCCCGUGGUCCAAGAUCCUCUGGAGCACGGACGGGCACUGGUUCCCCGAGACGUACCUGCUCGCCAUCUUACAGAUGCGGGAGGUGUUCGAAACGGUCCUGUGCGACUACGUCCGCAGAGGCCACAUGGGCUGGAGAGCCGCUAUCGAUCUCGUCAGGGACGUCCUCUUCAAGAACGCCAACAAGCUGUACCAUCUCGAACUUGACUUCUCCGAGCUGGAGGAAGAUGGGACAGCCCUCUCGCAGACCGCCUACCAGAGCGAUGCCGACACCUUCCGAGCCUUCCUGAAGAACCAGCCCGCGCCCGACUUUGUCAGGAUCUGCUGGAACGAUUUCACCGGGACGCAGCGGAUGCGCAUGAUCCCGUUCAGAAAGUUCGCCUCGCUCCUCAACGAGGGCAAGCCGACCGACAUCGGCAUCACGACGGCCGCCUUCUCCCUGACCGGGAACGAUCGCUUGGUGCCGGGCACGUACCCCACCGGCGAGUACCGGCUGCAUCCCGACUUUUCGUCCCUCAGAAAGGGGCCCGUCGAAGGGCACAUCAGCAUGAACGGCGAGUUCCGCGAUCAGUCGGGCGCGACGGGUCCCCUCUGCCCCCGCUCGGUUCUCCAGCGGGCCGUCGCGUUCGGGGCGGAGAACGACCUCUCCUUCCUCAUCGGCUUCGAGAUCGAGUUCCUCCUGGUCGAGCGCGUCCGGCUCGAGCCACGAGACGCGACGACGGCCCGCUAUUCGGCCAUCCCCACCGACGGCCACGCCUGGUCGGUCAGCCGCUACUUCGCCGACCCCAAGAUCGCCGCCCUCCUCCGCGACAUGGUCGCCACCCUCGACGAGAUGGGCAUCCACGCCGAGCAGCUCCACGCCGAGAGCGCCACCGGCCAGUUCGAGCUCGUCCUGCCGCCCUGCCCGCCCGUCGAGGCCGCCGACACGCUCCUCCACGCGCGGGACGUCAUGUCGGCCCUCGCCACCGCCGCCGGGUACAAGCUGACGCUCCACCCGAAGCCCUUCGCGCACGAGCCCGGCACCGCCUCGCACAUGCACAUGUCGCUGUCCUCGGCCGGCGGCGACCGCCCCGAGGUCUACCAGCCGCUGUACGCCGGCAUCCUCCGGCACCUGCGCGGCAUCGCCGCCUUCACGUACGCCAACCCGGCCAGCUACGAGCGCGCGACCGACGGUGCCUGGUCGGGCGGGCGGUGGGUGACGUGGGGCACGCAGAACCGCGAGACGGCCCUGCGCAAGAUAGCGGCUUCCCACUGGGAACUCAAGUGGAUGGACGGCCUGGCCAACCCGUACCUGGCCGUCGCGGCCGUCCUGUUCGCCGGCGUCAGGGGGGUCGCCGACCGCGAGCCGCUCGUGUGGGGCGACUGCGAGAUCGACCCGUCCAAGCUGACGGCCGACGACCGGAAGGAGCUGGGCGUGACCCAGAUGGUGCCCGCCAAUCUCGGGGAGGCGCUCCGGGCGCUCAAGGAGGACCGAGAGCUCGUCGAGUUCAUGGGAGCGGAGCUCGUCGACAGGUAUGUGGCUGUCAAGUCGCUCGAGCUGGAGAUUUUGGGCAAGAUGGGCGAUGAGGAGCGGAGGCAGUGGUUGAUGGGCCGGUAUUAAGCGGCAUCAGGACGGGGAACACACUUUUAAAGAGUCAAGAGAGAGGGUUGUGUGUG